UCCGCCGGUUUUUCCUGUUGGAGAAGGGAAGGGGGAGCUGUUUUCUCUCUCUCUCUCCGCUCGCAGUAUAUUUUGUAUCCCUUUUCUCCUCCUCCUUCCCCACCUCCUCCUCCUCCUCCUCCUCCUCCCCGGCUAUCUUUGUCUGGCUCACAGCACUCCGUUCCUGCCCUACGCCCCUGCCCCGCCGCCGGGACGCGCAGCCUCUUUCCCACCGGUGCCCGGCGCCUUUUCAUGCGAGGGCAGCGCCGCGGGGAGGGCUCGGAGACGGCGGGGGCUCCGCCGCGACGCUGGGCGUGAGCCCCCCAUGCCAGAGCGGGGCCGCGGCUGCCGCUGCCGGUUCCCGGCGUGAGCGCCGCCCCCGGCCGGGCCGGGCCGGGCCGAGCCGUGCCAUGCCCAGGCGCGGGGUGCACCGUGAGGCUGCCAGAGGCUACCGGCCCCGGCGCCGUUCCUGCCGUCGCGAUAUGGUGUGAGCUCGCUGCUGCCGGGGACUCGAGGGCACCCACCGACCCACCCACCGACCCACCCACCACCGACCGGCCGGCCGGCCAGGGGCAGCGCUGCACACUUCGGGGGGAUCCAGCCCCGCACCGCGGGGAGACAGACGGACCGCAGCACCCCCGCUCCUUCCUUCCUUCCUUCCUUCCUCCCUCCCUUCCUUCCUUCACCUCCCUCUCCCCCCCCCCUCCCCUCCCACCAUCCAUCUAUCUAUCUAUCCAUCAUCCCCCCCGCCAACCCCUCCCAAUGCUGAAGAGUUUCAACCCGGCGGGGCUGGAGUGAAGAAGGGAAGGGCGGAAGGGAGGAGAGGAGCUCCGCGCAAUUCACAGCUGCUUCGGGGAGAGAAGAGGGAGGGGGGCGGCCUCGCUAUUAUUUAACAGAGAAGAAAAAAAAGGAGAGGAAAAAAAAAUAAUAAAUUUAAAAAAAAAAAAAAAGAAGAGACGGGAAAAUGGCGAACGAGUCUCCUGCAAAAAGUCUGGUGGAUAUCGACCUUUCCUCCCUGCGGGACCCCGCUGGGAUUUUUGAGCUGGUGGAAGUGGUUGGCAAUGGCACGUACGGGCAAGUCUACAAGGGUCGGCAUGUCAAAACGGGUCAGCUGGCAGCCAUCAAAGUCAUGGAUGUUACCGAGGACGAAGAAGAAGAAAUCAAACUGGAGAUAAACAUGCUAAAGAAAUAUUCUCAUCAUAGAAAUAUUGCAACUUAUUAUGGUGCUUUCAUUAAGAAAAGUCCUCCAGGGCAUGACGACCAACUGUGGCUUGUUAUGGAGUUUUGUGGAGCAGGCUCUAUCACGGACCUUGUGAAGAACACAAAAGGGAAUACUCUGAAAGAAGACUGGAUAGCGUAUAUCUCCAGAGAGAUUCUCCGGGGGUUGGCACAUCUUCAUGCCCAUCAUGUGAUUCACAGGGAUAUCAAAGGACAAAACGUGUUGUUAACAGAGAAUGCAGAGGUGAAACUUGUGGAUUUUGGCGUGAGUGCUCAGCUGGACAGGACAGUUGGCAGGAGAAACACUUUUAUUGGAACUCCGUAUUGGAUGGCUCCAGAAGUUAUUGCCUGUGAUGAAAAUCCAGAUGCUACAUAUGAUUACAGAAGUGACCUUUGGUCAUGUGGCAUUACAGCUAUAGAAAUGGCAGAAGGAGCUCCCCCUCUUUGUGACAUGCAUCCCAUGAGGGCACUCUUUCUGAUACCCAGGAACCCUCCCCCACGGUUAAAAUCCAAGAAAUGGUCAAAAAAGUUUUUCAGCUUUAUAGAAGGUUGUCUAGUGAAAAAUUACAUGCAGCGACCUUCUACAGAACAACUCUUGAAACAUCCCUUUAUACGUGACCAACCAAAUGAAAGGCAAGUCCGAAUCCAGCUUAAGGACCAUAUAGACAGGACCAGAAAGAAGAGAGGAGAAAAAGAUGAGACGGAAUAUGAAUAUAGUGGAAGUGAGGAAGAAGAGGAGGAAGUGCCUGAACAAGAAGGAGAGCCAAGUUCCAUUGUCAAUGUGCCUGGAGAAUCAACCCUCCGACGUGAUUUCCUGAGACUUCAACAGGAAAACAAGGAACGGUCUGAGGCUCUUCGGAGACAGCAGCUGCUGCAGGAGCAGCAGCUUCGUGAGCAGGAAGAGUACAAGAGGCAGCUGCUGGCAGAGAGGCAAAAGCGCAUCGAGCAGCAGAAGGAGCAAAGGAGGCGGCUAGAAGAGCAACAAAGAAGAGAACGGGAAGCUCGAAGGCAACAAGAGCGUGAGCAAAGGCGGAGAGAGCAGGAAGAAAAGAGACGUCUGGAAGAAAUGGAGAGGAGGCGUAAGGAAGAGGAAGAGAGAAGAAGAGCAGAGGAGGAAAAGAGGAGGGUAGAAAGGGAGCAGGAGUAUAUCAGGCGACAGCUAGAAGAGGAGCAGCGGCACUUGGAAAUUCUACAGCAGCAGCUGCUCCAGGAGCAGGCCAUGUUACUGGAAUACAGAUGGCGAGAGAUGGAGGAACACCGACAGGCAGAGCGACUCCAGCGCCAGUUGCAGCAGGAGCAAGCCUACCUCCUGUCACUGCAGCAUGAUCACAGGCGGCAGCAGCAGCAGCAGCAGCAGCAACAGCAGCAGCAGCAGCAAGAAAGAAAUAAACAAAGCUAUCAUACCCCUGAGCCAAAAUCCCACUAUGAGCCUGCUGAGAGAGCGCGUGAGGUGGAGGAGAGAUUUAGAAAAACUAAUCAGGGUUCCCCUGAAGCACAGUCUAAGCAGAUGGGCAAAGUGAUGGAGCCACCAGUGCCUUCAAGAUCAGAGUCCUUUUCCAAUGGAAACUCAGAACCUGCUCAGCCUGCCCUGCAGAGGCCAAUGGAGCCCCAGGUACAGUGGUCCCAUCUGGCAUCUCUCAAGAACAAUGUUUCCCCUGUCUCGCGAUCCCAUUCCUUCAGUGACCCUUCUCCCAAAUUUGCUCAUCACCAUCUUCGUUCCCAGGACCCAUAUCCACCUUCACGCAGUGAAGUGCUAAAUCAGAGUUCUGACUCUAAGUCGGAGGUACCUGACCCUACCCAAAAGGCUUGGGCUAGAUCAGACAGUGACGAGGUGCCUCCAAGGGUACCUGUGAGAACAACGUCCCGAUCACCAGUCCUGUCCCGCCGUGAUUCUCCACUGCAGAGCAGUGGGCAGCAAAAUAACCAAGCAGGUCAAAGAAACUCCACGAGCAAUAUAGAGCCUCGUCUGCUGUGGGAAAGGGUGGAGAAGCUCGUACCAAGACCAGGCAGUGGCAGUUCUUCAGGUUCAAGCAACUCCGGCUCACAACCUGGUUCCCACCCUGGCUCUCAGAGUGGGUCUGGAGAGCGGUUCCGGAUGAGAUCGUCAUCCAAAUCGGAAGGUUCACCGUCGCAGCGUCAUGAAAGUGCACCUAAAAAGCCUGAAGAGAAAAAGGAAGUCUUCAGACCUGUCAAGCCUGCUGAUUUAACUGCGUUAGCAAAGGAACUGCGAGCAGUAGAGGAUGUGCGACCUCCACAUAAAGUGACGGAUUAUUCAUCCUCAAGUGAGGAGUCAGGGACGACAGAUGAGGAAGAUGAUGAUAUGGAACAAGAAGGAGCAGAUGAAUCUACUUCUGGACCAGAUGAUGUCCGAGCAGUGUCAACACUGAACUUGAGCAACGGUGAAACAGAGUCAGUGAAAACCAUGAUCGUCCAUGAUGAUGUGGAGAGUGAACCUGCCUUGACUCCUUCUAAGGAGGGCACCUUAAUUGUCCGACAGAGUACAGUUGACAAAAAGCGUGCCAGCCAUCAUGAGAGCAAUGGCUUUGCCGGUCGCAUUCACCUCUUGCCAGAUCUCUUACAGCAAAGCCAUUCCUCCUCCACUUCCUCCACCUCCUCCUCCCCAUCCUCCAGCCAGCCGACACCCACCAUGUCCCCACAGACACCCCAGGACAAGCUAACUACUAAUGAGACUCAGUCCGCUAGUAACACACUCCAGAAACACAAAUCUUCCUCCUCCUUUACACCUUUUAUAGACCCCAGAUUACUACAGAUUUCUCCAUCUAGUGGGACAACUGUGACUUCUGUGGUAGGAUUUUCUAGUGAAGCAAUGCGAUCCGAGGCAAUAAGGCAAGACCCCACCCGGAAAGGAUCAGUUGUCAAUGUGAAUCCCACGAAUACAAGGCCACAGAGUGACACCCCAGAGAUUCGCAAAUACAAGAAAAGAUUCAAUUCUGAGAUACUGUGUGCUGCCUUAUGGGGAGUGAACUUGUUAGUGGGCACUGAAAGUGGUCUGAUGCUGCUCGACAGAAGUGGUCAGGGGAAGGUUUAUCCGCUCAUCAAUCGAAGACGAUUCCAGCAAAUGGAUGUACUUGAAGGACUGAAUGUCUUGGUCACAAUUUCUGGUAAGAAGAACAAAUUGCGAGUUUAUUAUUUGUCCUGGUUAAGAAAUAAAAUCCUUCACAACGACCCGGAAGUAGAAAAGAAGCAGGGCUGGACAACGGUGGGAGACUUGGAAGGCUGUGUACACUAUAAAGUUGUAAAAUAUGAAAGAAUCAAGUUCUUGGUAAUUGCAUUGAAGAGUUCUGUGGAAGUCUAUGCAUGGGCACCAAAGCCAUACCAUAAAUUUAUGGCCUUUAAGUCUUUUGGAGAAUUGGUACAUAAGCCAUUGCUGGUGGAUCUAACUGUAGAAGAAGGUCAGAGACUAAAAGUGAUCUAUGGCUCCUGCGCUGGCUUCCAUGCUGUUGAUGUGGAUUCAGGAUCAGUCUAUGAUAUUUAUUUACCAACACAUAUCCAGAGCAGUAUCCAACCUCAUGCAAUCAUCAUUCUCCCAAACACGGAUGGGAUGGAGCUACUUGUUUGCUACGAGGAUGAAGGAGUUUACGUCAACACAUAUGGAAGGAUCACCAAGGAUGUGGUUUUGCAGUGGGGAGAAAUGCCAACUUCAGUUGCAUACAUCCGAUCCAACCAGAUCAUGGGCUGGGGAGAAAAAGCUAUUGAAAUACGAUCAGUGGAAACUGGACACUUGGAUGGUGUGUUCAUGCACAAAAGGGCACAAAGACUCAAGUUCUUAUGCGAACGCAAUGACAAGGUUUUCUUUGCUUCCGUACGGUCAGGUGGAAGCAGUCAAGUCUAUUUCAUGACCCUUGGCAGGACUUCUCUUCUGAGCUGGUAGAAGCGGUGGAAUAUGGCGAGGAAUUGCUGACAUCCAGAGUCUGAGAUCUUCAUAACUCGGAAUUAUUUUCAACUGGAGUACAGACCUGCACUAAUGCAGCACUCUGUUUAAAUGUGUGUGCAGGCAUCACUGGUGUUAGGUUUCUUUUUGUUUUUCAACUGAGGCUGCAACGCAGCUGGUGCUGUAAAGAUAUUGCCAUCAGGUGCUACAAUGUCUUUGAGAUUUGGGAUCAUGCUAGAAAGCUACAGGUCUUCUUUUCCCUUCAGCUCCAGGAUUCCUAGGCUUUGAAGGACUCUGUCUGUUAGUAUUAAAACAGAGGGGGGAAAAAAGGAAAAAAUAAAACCAGACUUACCAUGAACAUGCUGUGGAGUGGACAAGAGGCAGGCAAGAGAAGGUGAGAAGUGGUGUAGAGAGUCAGACUGGCUGAAUCAGAGGGCAGAUCUAGUCUAGUAAUGUUAACAAUGUAUUUAAUUGACAUUUCUUUUUUGUAAUGUGACAAUAUGUGGACAAAGAGGAAGGUGCAGGUUUUAAGAAGUUAAUAUUUAUAAAAUGUGAAAGACACAGUGACGAGGAUAACUACUUCUUGGGGACAGGGAGGGUGGGAAGGGGCUUGGGGUGGAAUUCUUGUUUUGUUUUGUUUUUUUUGUUUCUGCAGUUUUAUUUUGGCCUGGCCAAUAACUUUAGUCAUUUUCUGUGUACCAGGUAUUGCCUGAAAUAUGUGCAGGUGAUAAAAAAGGAAAAAAAAAUUUAAAAAAAAAAGGAAAAAAAAGGAAAAAAAAUUAAAAAAAUAUUCAUUUUCUAUAAUGAUUCUGUGUUAGGCCAGAACUUGGUUAUGUCACAGUAUUAGCACUGCCUCAGUUAAAGGUUUAAUUUUUGUUUAAACCUAGAAGUGCAACAACAGUUUUACCACAGUCUGCACUUGCAGAACUAAGGAGAAAAAAAAAAAAAAAAAAGACAAAUAAAAUCCAAACUACAUAUGUUUAUUUUUUGUGCCUACCUCAUUGUUUUUAAUGCAUAAAAUAAAAGAGGUGGUUUAGUUUAUACGUUUUUAGAUGAAAACCAUUAAUGUCUAAUUUAAUCUUAAUACCAAAACUACCAGAUUGAAAGGGUUCUGACUGUUAUUGCAGAGCAGGUUUCAGCAGGAGAAGAGAGUGGUCUAUUAGGGCAAUAGUGGUAGCAGUCUGGCAGUGAGACACUGACUAAUGUGAUUUGCUUACAAAAUUUGGGAAAGCAAGCAUUUUUUUAAAACCAGUUCCAUCCUUAAUAGAAGUCUGAAUUUAGCCUAAAACCAGAGUUUUCACUCUUCUAACACAUGGGCUUAGUAACAGGCAGGUAAAAAUAACUAGGCUAGUUCUAUAAACUGUUAAAUGUUGUAGGAACCAUUUUGGGGCGGUGAUGUUUUUCUUUUUUAAGAAUGCAAUGCACUAAAACUCUUUUAAGAAUGUAGUUGAUACUGCUUAUUCAUAAAAACAGCAUAUACCUGUGUUUAGAUGUAAGAUCCCAGCUCUGGCUUUUUUCUUUCUUUCUUUCUUUUUUUUUUUUUUUAAGUCAGUUUUAUUUUAUGAAUAAGUUCUGACAUUUGUAAUAAAUGUCUUGAGAGUAAUAAUUUGUUUAAUGGCUACAUGUUCAUUACUUGAGAAACCUUGAGUGUAUAAUAAUCUGUUGGUGGUGUAAUAAUGCACAGUGUCACAAUUCAGCCAUUUUACUUUUGGUUUUCACUUUUUUUUUCUUUAAAUUCCUUUGGUGGGGUACUUUGUUGACAGCUGCCUUAAGCUGUUCAUUCAGUGAACAGGCUCUCAGUGUUUCAUGGGCUUUGUCUUCUGCUGCGGUUAACUUUCCUUCAUGGCAUGACAGGUAGGGCUUUUUAACCACGUAUUCUUCAAUUCAGUCAAGUCGAUGGCUCGAAUGACUGGUCACACAAUCAAUUAAGAGCCAAGAGCACCAAGGGUGCAAAGCUCAGACUCAGCAAGACCCUUCUUUUGGUGUCAAACCUCACUGCUGUAAGUCCUUCAACCCCAAGCAGCGUUGCUGCUGAAGAAUCUACGUCGAGCAUCGUAGACGGUUGAAAAGCCAGCGGUAAAUGCGAACCGCCAGCUCACGUGCGUGCACACCCCCCCCAUCUUCCCUUCCUUCACAUCCCCCCCCCCAAAAAAAAAAAAAAAAGAAUCAAAACUCAAGAAAGCCUUACAUUUGCUGGUGGAGGAAUACCUAGAACUAUUUUUUUUUUUCAAUUGUAUGACUUUUGGAUAGCGUUGAAGGUGAAGGAUGUGUUCUUUUCAGGCCCGCUGUGGUCAGCCAAGAAGAAUGCUCAACCUUUUGUACUAUAAUGAACUAAAGGGGACUUGGAAAUGCAACGUGGUGGUAGACGUGGGUGUAAUCACACAGCUGCCCUGUAGUGUAGUUUGCCGAAGCUGAUUCGAUUGAAUGUCAGUCUGCUGAUUUAAAUCUUCCAGCGCUAUGUGGUCAAAAUUUAAUCUAGUCCUUGAAAGCUGAUGCUAUUCACCUAGAGGAAGAUGCUCCAGUACUGUAGGGAUGCCCAGGUCGUGGAUAUAUGCUGUUGAAGUUUUGAGGCUCCGAGAGGAUAUGGGGAAUCUCCUUCCUUCAGUGGGGCUGCCUGCCUGGCAGCUUCUGCCUCCUCAGAAUUGUCAACAUGGCAAGGUAAAAGCAGUAUUACAAAACCACUGCGUAUACCGACAUCGAACUCUUCAAACAGUGCUUUUGUAAGCAAAGAAGAAAAUAAAAGCUCCUAGGUUUAGUUUUAAGCUUUAAUAAGUAAUAAUUUUCUGUAUCUUUAAGUCAAAGUAACCCUAACUUGUAUGACUGCAGUGUUUUUAUUUUUUAUCUUAUGCACAUGUUAUGUUGGAGAAAAUGUUUACAAAAAUGGUUUUGUUACACUAAUGUGCAUCACAUAUUUAUGGUUUAUUUGAAAGUGAUUUUUGUGGGUUUUUUAGUUUUUCGUAGUAGUAGUACACUUUUUGUGAUUUAUAACCCCAAACUCUGCUGAUUAUAAAGAUGCUAAACAAUAAUACAAAAUGACAAACUGCAUUAAAAUUACUAAUCGUAGAGCUGCAAAGCAGACUGGUGACAAGUAAAACACUCAGCCUUUUUUUUGCAGUGCUAUCUAACUCGUCUUCUGUGUAUUAUGGAAAUUACUGUUUUUUCCCCGUUUUUCCUUAAAUAAAGUCAAAUUGACACCUA